CGGUUGAAGUCAUUCUUCUUCAUGAAAAGCUCCAGAGUUUGCACAACGAGUAGCCGAAUGUUCCAGACAGUCUGAAGCCCCGAAAUCGCAUUCAAGUUGUCGGCGAAUGGACCCUGACAUGCUAGCUGUCAAGCUUGGCUGGAAGAUCUCCUACAGGGUAGAUGAUGAUCCCACCACCAUCGCCUUGACGUUCCUUACGCCAACUGCGUUUCACCCCCCGCCCUGCUUUCAUUCUCAACAUCUACCUGCAGCCGUGUCAGACUUGUGACACGUGCCCGUCUGGGCUGCAGACACACUAUAUUCAUAAAGCCUUG